CGAUUGUGAAUGUCAGUUCCCGACUGAUCACCGCACGAGAGAGAACGUAAAACGGAGGCUUGUUAUUGUAACCGAAACCUGUGAUAGUGAAAUUUGGUGUAGCUGAUAAGCCGCAAGGCCAAAGUGUAAAUCUCGUAUAUUGUACCUGAAUUUUUGUUAUUGAAAGAUAACACUCCGCUUCCCUAGUCUGCUUUCUGGAUACAGAGGAGUUUUUCGAAAUGCGCACGAAACUGUCACUGGAGCAGCUUAAUGCACUCGCACCAACAGAGUUCCAUAAGAUUUUCGAGAAUGUGGUGGAAUGCUGGCCCGAGGCUGCUAUUUUCUGUUCGGCGAUGCUACCAUUCAAGAGUUUCGACGCAAUGAUUCUGAUGUUCGAGAACUAUUUGCAAAAGUUGAACAAUGAUAACAAGCUUCGCAUUUUGCGUUUGCAUCCGGAUUUGGCGGGUAAACUUCUGGAUACGCAUGAACUUACAGAUGAGUCUAGUUUCGAGCAAUCAAGCGUGGGGCUGGACAAACUCUCGCUAGAGGAUAAGGAAAAAUUGACGUCAUUGAAUGAAGAGUACAGGCAUAAAUUUGGUUUUCCGUUCGUAAUUUGCGUACGCGAGGCAUCCAAAUUCGAAGCAAUACUCAAUGGAUUUCUUGACAGAAUCAAUAAUCAUCCAGAGGUCGAGCUUGAAAUCGGCAUUGGUGAAGUGAAAAAGAUUUGUAGAUUGCGAAUUCUGGAGUUGGUGAAUCAAUUAUGAUAAUCCUAAGACGUUGCUAUUUAGAAGGUAAGGUAUUGUAGAGACUGCUUUGGGAAGCAGUCUAAUUAGAAAUGCGUCUCUUGGACACUCAGCAAGUAUGAUGACGCUAAUGGAAUUGACAGCAUGCAUUUGCCCGGCUUUGUGUCACGAAUUCGACAAAAAUUGAAAAAGGAUAAUGGCAACAAAGAAACAGUUGAGUUCCUUCCCUGGUUAUGAUAAAUUACGUAAAAAUAUAUCGGUCUUAGAUUAAGCUCCAGUCCAAAUUGCUGGCUCGAACAUUGUUACAAUUUGUAAAUAAUAAAGAUUGACUCCAUUGAACAAACAUA